GUGCAAUGGAUGGAAGAGAAUCUAAAGGCAUCAGAUAUCCAGUCGAGUGAUUCAGAGCUGCGGCUGUACAGGCGCUGUCAAAAUCUUCGAAUGCUACUGCAGGAGAAAGAUGAGUUUAUUGCCACCCUAGAGCAGCAGCUGGAGGAACAGAAACAGAACCGAAUCCAAGAUGCCAAGACGGUUGAAGAAAAAGCAGCUAAGAUCAAAGAAUGGGUCAUGAGGAAGCUGAAUGAAUUUGAUAUAGAGAAUGCCUCUCUGAGAGAGAUCAACCAACAGCAGGAGGCUGAGAUGCAAGACCUGAGAAGACGACUGCAAG